UCAUAAAAUUAAAUUAAUCAUAAGAUUGUCGAUCUUUAAUACUUAGUCAGUGUUCGUCGUGUUCGUACUGUCGAGCGACAUGCGUAAAAUUCCAGUCAGCAUAACCUAUAAUCAGUAUUAAAUCGUAUAAUUCUAAGAAUUAUUUUUUGAAUUUGACACAUUACACUUAUAAUAACGUUAUGUACUAUUGACAAUUUAUAUUCUUUAUUCUGGGAUUAUCUCUAUAUUGCAGCCACUUUCUUAGAUUAAAAUCCUAACCUAUCUUGUUUGACGUUUGACGUUCGUCUCGAACAGAGCUUCGAGUGUUCGGACCGUUCGGACUGAGAGGACUAAACCGCAAACAAAAGCAUAUUCAACCUAAACGAAAGAGGAAAGUGGAAAGAAAUUAACAUUGGUUAGCAUUCUAUUGAACUUUGUGAAGAAGACAAGAAUAAUCCAAAGGAAAAUACAAGUAUAAUUACUUUGGCAUUACAUAACCUCAAAAGCGUCGAAGAUACUGUUAAUCUAUUGCCCGGUGGAUUAAUUCCUGCAAAAAUUGUUUGUAUCGAGCGUUUCGAGUUGUUGAAAAGGAGAGUUCGGAAUUUUCGAGCUGCCAACGAUGUAGUGCACAGUAUUAAUUUCGAGCAUAAUCGAUAUAAUAGAUUUAUUUAGUGAAACAAGAUAUCCUUCAACUUUUACUCGUGAUUUUUAAGCUCGAGAAAGGAUCGUGCGUAGCGCGAUGCGACAGUAGAGAUUGCAUUAGAGAAUGCGAAUAAUCGCAGACAGGUCCACGAGACUAUUAAGUGUAGUUACUGAAUAUGUCUCGUUCAUAAAAAGGUGACCAUUGACUGCACUCGCUUGCUCUGUUCGAUGUGCAUUAGCAUCAUGGAGAUAGUGAAUGCUAAAGAUACCGGCGAGUCGCACACUUCACUCUCUGCGAAGCGCUGUGACAGUUUUUUGUCAAUCUCGUGCAAUUGGCAGAUCAACAAUGAUAAGCAAUUUAUUGAUGCUGUCACUACUGCACCAAUGCAAUAUGCACCUGCAAGGAUAAACUGCGAAGAUGUAGCUUCUGUGGACACUUGCAUUGCUCUACAACCAGUGGAUUCUAAUGUGGAACCAUGUAUGCUGAAUAUUAAAAUAUCAAAUCGUCAGAGAAUAGCGCGCAUUGCUGUUGUUUCUGAAGGUAAUGUUCUGGAGAUCUUCAAACAAUUUGGAGAAUAUGAAACAACGAUACUCGCGGAGUUUAUAGAUGAGUACGAGGGAAAUAUAGUUUUCCUUGGCGAAACGACGAUACAACCUCCUACUACAGAAGUUGGUAUUAAGUUCAUUAGAACGAAAAACAAAGGCCCUCCUAUGUGGGUAUAUGGUAUAAGACUGUUUUUAACUGACUCUAUAAAAGAGGCAAAAUCUAGUGCCUUCGAUUAUGAUGUUAUCCAGAAUUUGCUCAGUAACAUUAGCAAUGAUAAAAUAAACCAAAGAUCUGAAAUGGCGAAGAGAGUAUUUGGACUUGGUGAUAAACAGGAAAUUAUAAGGAAUUACAAAGAGAAAUUUUUGGAAACAAACUCAAGGUAUGACGACCAUAUAAGUGAAAUGAGUGAUAAUGAAAAAGUAUUUCCAAGUUGCGAAGAUAAUGGACAGUCAAACGCUAGCGAUUGUAAAAAUGAAGUUAUAAAAAAAAAUAGUGCAACAGGUUAUUCAAACUGUGGAGAGAAUUAUAAAAAAUCAGAUGUAGAUAUCAAAAUCCACAGUGAGACAGAGUCUAUAAAAGAGAUGAAAUCUGGUAUCUUCAAUUAUAAAGAUUUUAUUCAGACAUUUCUCAGUAACACUGGUAAUGGUAAAAUGAGUCAAAAACCUGACAUGACAAGAAUGUUUGAAUUUUAUGAUAAAUUCGAUAAUGAUGAAAUAUCGGAAAUUAUGAAUAACGAGCAGUUUUAUCAAGAAAUGUUGGGAACUCUUACUUCAGAUUCGGAUUAUUUGAAAUGUAAAACUGAAAUUGCAAAAAGAAGUAAUGGAAAAGAUCGUCGAAGUUAUGAGGCUAGUCAUGAAAAAUUGGAUUCUUUGGGAUGUAAAAAUAAAAAUAUAAGAAAAAAUAGCGAUGAAGAUUGUACAAAUCAUGAAGAUAAUGGAAAAUCUGAUAUAGAUAUCAGAGUCUAUAUUGACAAUAAAUUCCAUGACAUGGAAAAGAGAUUGAUGGAAAGAAUAGACGAGAUGGAAACCAAUACCAACCAAAAACUGAAUGCCAUUUUGGAAAGAUUUGAAUCACGGCUGAAUUUACAGCCGUAAAUGUAUAUUUCUUAUUUAAUAUUUAAUAAAAAAUAGAUUUAAGUUAUGAAAUGUUAAUGAAAUUAAAAAAAUGUAAAUAAUGAAUUACUUCGGUGUAUAUUCUUUUGCUUUUAUGUUAAUUGGAAAAUCCAACGACUUAUUGUAACAAAAUAUAAAGUUCCUUCUUUUAUUAUUUAUAUGUAAUUUUUUUUAUUAUCUUAGAAUAAAUUUGUAUUCGUA